UCCUCAUACAAUGGAGGAGGGAUGAACGGCACGAGCACAGUGAUGGAUUUCCUGGAGGAACCUCUUCCUGGCGUGGGCACCUAUGAAGACUUCAACACCAUAGACUGGGUGCGGGAGAAGUCCAGGGACCGGGACAGGCACCGAGAGAUCACCAGCAGAAGCAAGGAGUCCACGUGGGCACUGAUCCACAGCGUGAGCGACGCCUUCUCUGGCUGGCUGCUGAUGCUCCUCAUCGGGCUCUUGGCAGGUUCCUUAGCGGGUCUGAUCGACAUUUCUGCCCACUGGAUGACAGACUUGAAAGAAGGAGUGUGUUUGGCAGGCUUCUGGUUUAACCACGAGCACUGCUGCUGGAAAUCCAACACGACCUUCACGGACAGAGACAAGUGCCCCGAGUGGAUGAGCUGGUCCCAGCUGAUCCUUGGCCAUGGAGAGGGGGCUUUUGCAUAUAUUCUCAACUACUUCAUGUACGUUGUCUGGGCCUUGUUGUUCUCCCUUCUGGCUGUGUUACUUGUGAAGGGGUUUGCUCCUUAUGCCUGUGGCUCUGGGAUCCCAGAGAUCAAAACUAUCUUAAGUGGUUUCAUCAUUAGAGGCUACCUGGGCAAGUGGACGCUGAUCAUCAAAACCAUCACCCUGGUGCUGGCAGUGUCCUCUGGGCUGAGCCUGGGCAAGGAGGGGCCCCUGGUGCACGUGGCCUGCUGCUGUGGGAACAUCCUGUGCCACCUCUUCACCAAGUACCGCAAGAACGAAGCGAAGCGCAGGGAGGUUCUCUCGGCAGCAGCAGCUGCUGGGGUGUCUGUGGCCUUCGGGGCGCCCAUCGGAGGAGUGCUCUUCAGCCUGGAGGAGGUCAGCUACUACUUCCCUCUGAAGACCCUGUGGCGCUCCUUCUUCGCCGCUCUGGUUGCGGCGUUUACCCUGCGCUCCAUCAACCCCUUCGGGAACAGCCGCCUGGUUCUCUUCUACGUGGAGUUCCACAUGCCCUGGCACCUUCUGGAGCUCGUGCCCUUCAUCCUCUUGGGGAUAUUUGGUGGCCUUUGGGGAGCUUUCUUCAUCCGCAGCAACAUCGCGUGGUGCCGGCGGCGCAAGACGACCAGGCUGGGCAAGUACCCGGUGCUGGAGGUGCUGGUGGUGACGGCCCUCACGGCCCUCCUGGCCUUCCCCAACGAGUACACCAGGAUGAGCACCAGCGAGCUCAUCUCCGAGCUCUUCAACGACUGCGGGGUCCUGGACUCCUCCAAGCUCUGCGAGUACGUCAACGAUUUCAACAGCACCAAAGGGGACGACCUGCCGGACCGCGCCGCCGGCCCCGGCGUCUACGUCGCCAUGUGGCAGCUGGCUUUGGCCCUGGUCAUGAAAGUCUUCAUCACCAUCUUCACCUUUGGCAUGAAGGUCCCCUCGGGGCUCUUCAUCCCCAGCAUGGCCGUGGGGGCCAUUGCCGGGCGCCUGCUGGGCGUGGCCGUGGAGCAGCUGGCAUUCUACCACCACGAGUGGGGCAUCUUCAGUGGCUGGUGCAGCCCCGGGGCAGACUGCAUCACCCCCGGCCUCUAC